AUGUCGCCUAAGAGAAGAAAACUUUUUGGGAGGCGCACGGCUGCUGCCUCCGCUACAAGAGCAACAAGUGCAAGUGAAACCCCAGAGCAAACUUCGUUGCGCCUUUCUCAGAUGGCCUCACGCUCUGCUGCCUGCAUCUCCACGGAAAGUACCGCUGUACGGACUGAAAGACUGGCAUCAGCAGGAUCAGUUAUGUCAUCACGACGCGCUAGACUUUCCACUGAAGAGCGUUUAGUACAGAAUUCACAGGACGCAAUACGCGUUUCUAGGGCCAAGGCUUCCGAGUCCCCAACACAGACAAUCCUUCGGCGUUUAAGGAAUGCCAGCACUACAGCAUGUUCUAGAGCUUUAGAAAACCCUGAACAAACCAAUUCGUGUCGUCUUAGGAAUGCUAGGGCUACAGCAUCUUCCAGGUUUUCGGAACAACCUCAACAAACCGCUAAUCGUCGUUUAAGAAAUGCCAGCGCUACUGCGUCUGCCAGAACUUUAGAAAGACCUGUGCAGAUCGUUAAUCAUCGUUUGAGUAAUUUCAGACCUACUGUGUCUGCCAGAGCUUCAGAAAACCCUGGGGUACGGCGCGCACGGCUCAACAAUAAUGGCCAAAUCGCAAAGACAGACGCUCAGCGUCGUGGGUCUGCAUUUAAGUGA